AUGCUCAAUUUCACCGAUGUGCCAGAGUUCAUUCUUCUGGGGCUAACCAGCCAUCGGGAAUGGCAAGUUCUCUUCUUCAUCGUUUUUCUUGUGGUCUACAUUAUCACCGUGGUGGGCAAUAUUGGCAUGAUCAUGUUAAUCAAGGUCAGUCCUCAGCUUAACAGCCCCAUGUACUUUUUUCUCAGUCAUUUGUCAUUUGUUGAUGUGUGGUUUUCUUCCAAUGUCACCCCUAAAAUGUUGGAAAACCUGUUAUCAGAUAAAAAAACGAUUUCUUAUGCCAGCUGUUUAGUACAGUGUUUCUUCUUCAUUGCUCUUGUCCAUGUGGAAAUUUUUAUUCUCGCUGCGAUGGCCUUUGAUAGAUACAUGGCAAUUGGGAAUCCUCUGCUUUAUUGCAGCAAAAUGUCAAGGGUUGUCUGUAUUCGACUGAUUUCUUUCCCUUACAUAUAUGGUUUUCUGACGAGUCUGGCAGCAACAUUAUGGACUUAUGGCUUGUACUUCUGUGGAAAAAUUGAGAUCAACCACUUCUACUGUGCAGAUCCACCUCUCAUCAAAAUGGCCUGUGCUGGAACCUUUGCAAAAGAAUAUACAAUGCUCAUAAUUGGCGGCAUUAAUGUCACAUAUUCUCUGACUGUAGUUAUGAUCUCUUAUUUAUUCAUUCUCAUUGCCAUUCUGCAAAUGCACUCAGCAAAAGGAAGGAGGAAGGCCUUUUCCACAUGUGGGUCCCAUCUGACAGCUGUCAUCAUAUUUUACGGUACUCUAAUCUUAAUGUAUCUCAGACGUCCCACAGAGGAGUCUGUGGAGCAGGGGAAGAUGGUGGCUGUGUUCUAUACCACAGUGAUCCCCAUGUUGAAUCCCAUGAUCUACAGUCUAAGGAACAAGGAUGUGAAAGAGGCCAUGACAAAAGUGAUCAGCAGAUCAUGUCAGACAAAAUAA